UUUCGACAAAGCAGGUUGGGCGCUGUCAAAUGUUAGUUGACAAGAGGAAUUUAAUUCCUUAAUACAUUAAAUGCGCAAAUUAAAUAUAUUAAGGCCAGUUUCGCGCCCCUCGUUGUCGAUUAUAGUAUGUAGUUGUGAAGUGCAAGUUUGAAAGGUGGUUUACUUACAUUCAGCUGCUUAUCAAAUUGAGUUCCACCAACUCUGAUAUGCGCGGAAUUAGUCAGCAGCAUCGCGAUGGCCUACUCAGAUGUGCACAGGGCGUUUCUGCAAGCAAUUUCGCAUCACGGCUUUAUCAGCUCCAAACAGGCCCUCACAAUUUUGCUGUCCAUUUAUACAGAAUACCACACCGAUGACACUAUUCCGAACGAGCAUCACCUCGUUGGCGUAAUCACUUCGAUCAACGCCAAAAUCGCUCGCUACAGCCAAAAGAUCAAGCUGGUUCGCUUCGAACCGAACCGCACGGAUUACUACGUGUUUUGUAACCUGUCGGACAGGAGUCUCGCAGAUCGACUGCAUACCUGCUACACCGAUUCCGAAGUGGCCUACUUUUGGAUUGUGUUGAAAGAAAUCGCUUGCUGCGAUGGCCAAAGCGCGAGUCCGUUCUUGUGUCUCAACUUGAACGAGCAUAUUACGGACAGACCACGGGUGUCGAAGGUUCGCGCCGAAGAGCUGUUGGACGAGUGGACAAGGGCGGGCUACUUUUUCCCGGAGUCGAACGGAACGUGGAUCCUGGGAGUCCGAACGGUGGCAGAGUUUGGUCAGUUUCUAAGGGACAAGUUUGAGGAUAAGAUAGACGUGUGUUUGCUGUGCAAAGAGGCGGCAUUUUAUGGUGUGAGAUGCCGUCAUUGUCCAGAGACGUUCCAUACGAGGUGCAUCAACACGUAUCUUCAACGGCUUACGGUUUGUCCGGGAUGCAAAGAGGUGUGGAUAGUUACGGUAGAUGGAUUAAAAUCUGAAGAAGAGGUUCCCAAGUUACCACGGGGCUCUAUGUAGCGGUGACAUUCCAUCUCAAACGUACACAGCACACGAAACCAACAUUUUCUGAUUAAGCUUAAAGUUUUUGUUGUUUCUUGUUUUAAAAACCUUGCUUAAUCCACUUAAGGGAAGAUUUUUUUCUACAAAUUUGUUAUAGCAAACACGAGAGCAAACUUUUUUUUUUGAAGAUCGAUACACUGAUAAGGGCAGUUCGUUAAAAAUCCGUUAACACUGGAACGCCCAACGCAUGUCCAACUUACACGGACGCCCAAGCCUCCCAAAAAAGUUGGA